AUGACCUUGGGCGACAUCAGAACCACGCCGAUCCAGUUUAUUGACGUGUCUGUAGCACCACUUGUCUUGCUACAGCCACAUUCUCUUCACCACCUCCGGCCCUUCAGGAUAUCGAGCGACAAACCACCCUUACCAUUCCUUCACCUGACUUCACUUCGACAGCCUGCGACAAUGCCUUCCGGACGGCAGUUCAAGGUCAUUGGCCUUGUGACGCUACUAGUGGUUCUGGCUCUGUACUACGUAACCAAUGGCGAACAAUUAACCCACGAAUCGGAGUUCUACAAGAAGACCGUCAAAGCCAUGGAACACAAAAAGACCGCAGCCGAGAAGCAAGCAACAUACGUCAAGGAGAAAGAGACACAGGAACGAAUUGAGCGAUUGCAGAAGGAACACGAUGCUGCGACGGCGACGCUUGCGACUAGCGAAUCGACCGAAGCUGCGGCGCCGGUGCCGCGACCGCAGAAGCAGAAGCCGAUUGUGGGUGAUGCGCCUACUAGUGGGGAGAAGAGUGUGGCGGGCAGGAAGAAGAUGCAGGAUGGGAAGAUUGUGGAUAAGAAGCCGGCGACGGAUAAUGAUGAUGGUGUAGCCAAGGUGGGGAAUGUCGCGUCGAAGACAUCGAGUGCGUCGAAGGGGGACAGCGAGGAGACGGAGAGCGAGGAAGAUCAUGAGGUGGAGACGGAGUUGAACGAUAUUCUCAAGAAGGGGCCCAUAAUCGUCUUUUCAAAAAGUUACUGUCCCUUCAGCAAGAAGGCCAAGCACAUCCUCCUCGACCUCUACACCAUCUCCCCCAAACCCUACAUCGUCGAACUCGACCAACACAAACUCGGCUCCGGCCUCCAAGACGCCCUCCUCAAAUCCACCGGCCGGCGAACAGUCCCCAACGUCUUAAUCAACGGCAAAUCCAUCGGCGGCGGCGAUGACGUUCAGGCUUUACAUGACAAUGACAAGGUUAUCGAUACGAUCAAGGCCAUGGGCGGAAAGAGGAUUGUGAGUGUUGAGAAGAAUCAGGACGCUGAAAGUGGGGGGCAUCGUGAGACGAGGGCGGAGGUGAAGUUUAAGGCGUGA